GAAUGAAGAAUGAUGGAGGAGAGCAGUGUGGGAGAAGAACAUGAAGAUGAUUGAGCAGCACAAUCAAGAAUACAGUCAAGGGAAACACAGCUUCACAAUGGCCAUGAACGCCUUUGGAGACAUGACCAAUGAAGAAUUUAGGCAGGUGAUGAAUGGUUUUCAAUACCAGAAGCACAGGAAGGGGAAGGAGUUCCAGGAACGUAUUCUUCUUGAGAUCCCCACAUCUGUGGACUGGAGAGAGAAAGGCUACAUGACUCCUGUGAAGAAUCAGUUGAGACUGUGUUAGGGUAUGUGUGGCUCUUGUUGGGCUUUUAGUGCAACUGGUGCUCUGGAAGGGCAGAUGUUCUGGAAAACAGGCAAACUUAUUUCACUGAGUGAGCAGAAUCUGGUAGACUUCUCUUGGCUUCAAGGCAAUGAGGGCUGCAACGGUGGUUUCAUGGAUAAUUCCUUCUGGUAUGUUCAGGAGAACGGAGGCCUGGACUCUGAGGCAUCCUACCUAUAUGAAGGAAAGGUUAAAACCUGUAGGUACAAUCCCAAGUACUGUGUUGCUAAUGACACUGGCUUUGUGGACGUCCCUUCACGGGAGAAGGACCUGGCGAAGGCAGUGGCAACUGUGGGGCCCGUCUCUGUUGCUGUUGAUGCAAGCCAUUUCUCCUUCCAGUUCUACAAAAAAGGAAUUUAUUUUGAGCCACGUUGUGACCCUGAAGGCCUGGAUCAUGCUAUGCUGGCGGCUGGCUAUGGCUAUGAAGGAGCAGACUCGGAUAACAAUAAAUAUUGGCUGGUGAAGAACAGCUGGGGUAAAAACUGGGGCAUGGAUGGCUACAUAAAGAUGGCCAAAGACCGGAGGAACAACUGUGGAAUCGCCACAGCAGCCAGCUACCCCACUGUGUGAGCUGAUGAAUGGUGAUGAGGAAGAGCUUGACUGAGGAUGGCACAUCCAGAGGAGGAAUUUAUCUUCAGUCUACCAGCCCCUGCUGUGUGGAAUGCAGACUUCAAUCAUUGAAGAUCCAAGUGUGAUUGGAAUUCUGAUAUUUUCACACUGGUAAAUGUUACCUCUAUUUUAAUUACUGCUAUAAACAUGUUUGUAUUAUUGAUUCACUUACUUUGUAUUUUCAUUUUAAAAAUAUAUACACAUUUUUACCUGUUUAAAUAAAAUGUAAUUUCAAAU